AUGCUUGCUCUCGCGCACCCCAUGCAACAUACUGCCACCCUCACCACCGUAGAUCACCCGCUCCGACCCCAGUCAUCGUCCUCGAGCUCGGCUUCACGUUCCGCCCGCCCUUCACAGCGGAAACUCCAUUCUUCCAUCAUCCUCCCUUCCUCGUCUCGUUCUUCUUCCUACUUAAACCUGACUGCCCCGCCCCCCAACAGGCCAGACCCCUCGGAGGUCUCCUCCCAUCGCUUUGCGCCACCUUCAUCAUUGUCAUCCUCUCAACCUCUCCCAAUUCACCAUCAGCCCGAUGAGGAUGACGCACAUACGCCACCCGCGUCUGACGCUGAGGACAACGAGCCUGUACAACCGGAUACCUCGGGCACUGACGUCCACACGUACGAGCCUGAAACCCUGUUGCGGAUGCUGGCCACCGCUCUGAGACGCAUGGCUGAGCUGAAUGCAAAUACCCCCGCAGAGGCCUACGGGCCAUCAUCUAGUCAGUCACAACUAAUGAGCUCUCAGCAUCACAAAGACCAACGUCCCCCCGUGUGGUGGUCGUUGACGACUGCAUCGCGCCACUCUCUCUCCACCACCUCUUCCCUCGCUUUUCAUGCGCGCAAUGUCCCCACAAUCGCCCUGGAGGGUUAUUUAACCCGAAUUCACAAGUAUUGUCCGGCGAGCAAUGAGGUGUUCGUAUCCUUGUUGGUAUAUCUUGACCGUAUGACGAGACUUGCAAAGGAGGCAUGCGGGAAAGCGUUUCCAAUCGACAUGUACAACAUUCACCGCCUUAUAAUCGCCGGCGUCACUGUAGCCAGCAAAUUCUUUAGCGAUGUCUUUUAUACCAACUCCCGAUACGCGAAGGUGGGAGGCCUACCCCUGGCCGAAUUAAAUCAGCUUGAGCUGCAGUUUCUGUUGCUCAAUGACUUCCACUUGACCAUCUCGUGCGAGGAAAUGGAGUAUUUCACGAAAAUGGUUGACCUGCAGUCUCGGAUCCCGGAUGAUGUCGACCUCUUCCAAUAUUUGCCUUCUCAGUCGACGGCAUCUCGAGCCCCAAUAGGGCCCACAGAUUUUUUCGCAGCGGUUGACUCGUAUUUUGGGCAGCGUCACAGGAUCACACGACCAGCCGUCAGGAGUCGUCUCUCGGAUGACCAUGACGAUAUGCUGCCCUACUCUCCCUCCUUUAGAUCUGCGUCGGAUGCUGCGAGUGAGGCAGGGACGGAGACUGACUUUGAUUGCUCCACGGACGACGAACCCACUAUCCGCCCUCCACAUUCGUCGGCAUCAUCGGAGACGAUGAGCCUGCGAAGUACAGCAAGUGGUGAUGCAGACUCAAUAUAUACAGACGAUGGAGAUAUGAGCCGAGAUGAGGAGGAUGUAAUGCUGGAGCGGGCAGCAGGGACGCCCGGAAGGGAGCGCAUGAUUAUGAGGACUCCGAGUUAA